AAGUUGGCGAACAGCUACGGCAGGUGGAUCGAGGCCGUGGAGGAGGCAGUUUUGCAGCACUCAGAGGUACCCCAACACCAACGAGACGGCUAUAGAGGAAGGGCGCAGGGUUUCGGCAUCAAGUGGACAAAGAGCACAGCAGCGCCAGGCAGACCGCAUCUGUACAAUGCAGAGGCUGAGUGGUGGGCCAUCACGCACACGCAGGUGAUCGCGAUCAAUGGCCUGGUGAAGAACAACAAAGACCCACAACAGCUACAACAACGAGGGCAAGAGUUUCGACAGCGGAUGCAGCAGGUACAUGUGGUCAGCAAGCACAGCGAUAUCGAGCUGCUCAACCAGUGGCAGCAGAGCGCACACGACAUCUUCAGCCCAGCACGGCAGGAGAGAGAGGACGUGAUAGAGGUCACCGAGAGAUUGGCUGGACAAGCAGCGCGGAGAGCUCUGGCAGAUGGCACAAAGGGCUUCAUCAGGUGGGCGCAGGAUAUGUGGAAGAAGACACCUGGAGCCCUGCACAGAUGGACGAAGGGCGCGCAGCAGCCGCGGCUCGAGGAGAUGAUCUCAGGCACGAUCGUGGCCGAUCCCAUCCUCAUCAUGAACCACAAGAGCGAGAGUUGGGCCAAGAAGUGGACGGCUGCCCCGCAUAGACAGACAGCACUUGCAGGCGCUCUUCGACGUUGCCGUCUCUCGGCGGCCCAAGAGGACCUCCCGCAGCUCACGAUCCAGGACCUCAACGCUGCCACCCACCGCAUGGGGGUCAAGAAGGCACGAGGAAUCGAUGCGAUAGGCCCCUUGGACAUCGAGAGGCUCCCAGACCAGGCCAAGUACAGUUUUUUGUAUAUCAUCGCGCAAGCCGAAGAGCAUCUGAUGUGGCCCCCACAAGUCCUGGGCACCAUCGGCGCGAUCGCGGGCAAACCAGCAGGAGUGGUCGAGUCGUGGACGCAGCAGUUGGAGGACCACUGGGAUACGGCGUUGCGUGGUUCCUCGGCGUUACGUGCGGCUUUGCUGCGAGCUACCCUCGACGAGACGGGCCAUUCCAUGGGUAUUGCACAUGCGGAGUUGUUCGCGGAUAUGGAGCAGUUCUACGAUUCGUUAGACUUGGGAUGGCUCAUAGACACGGGGAUCGAGCUGGAUUUCUCACCGACAAUUAUGGCGAUGGAGGUCGAAGCGUUCCUGGGUCCACGGCACCUCAAGCACGCGGAGUGGAUCGGACCCAGGAUCGACCCGUCAUGUUCGAUCGUGGCGGGCUCGGCCCAAGGGACUAGAUUCGCCAAGGUGUACCUGUUCCCUCUCUUGGACGCAGCCCAGAAGCGAGUCCAGGCAGCGGGGCUAUGGACAUACGUGGAUGACACGGUUGGAAGGGUCGAAGGUACCGAGGAGACGGUGGAGCAGCAGAUGGUGGAGUUGGUCGAUGAGUUCAUCAUCCAGGCUGAGAAGCGCAGCCUCAUCAUCUCGCCCAAGACGGUGCUCGUUGCAUCCAAUCCCAAGCUCCGAAGACGAAUAUGGCGCAGACUACAACGGCGAGGACUCCCUGGUAAGCAACAAAGUGACAUGGUGGACUUGGGCACCGACGUCAGUGGCAUGGGCAAGCGCACACAGAAGAAGGCGCGGGCACGCCAGCGAAAGGCCAAGCAGCGAGCGGGCAAGAUUUUCAGGACCCAGGCAUCAGCCUGCGACGGCAACUUGUCAGCGAAUGGCUACAUCAAUGGCUUCUUCACCCAGAAAUUCAUCGACGAGUACGACAAGCAUGGGGACCGACCUACCGUAAGUGACGAGCAAUGGCAGCUCCCCUUCAUAGACGGCGAUGGCAAGUGCGACAUUGAUGCUAUUGAGUACACACAGCUGCUGGAGGAUCUGGAGCACGACCUGGAAAUGGCGAGGAGACGGGUAGGCAUCGGAGUGGCGACCAUGAAGAUGAUCGACGGCAAGUGGGGUAUGUCAGCAGGCACGAUGGCAGACCUACCAGGACGGCGUCAAACCGUACCGCGGGCAGAGAUCACGGCCUUCGCGAUUGCCAUAGAGGAAACGAGAGGAGACAUCGUGUACGUCACGGACCACUACCCGCUCCUCACAGCUUGGACAAAAGGCAGAGCUCAAGACCCUGGGCGAGGGAAGAACGCGGAUUUAUGGGCACGCAUCAAGAGGGCGGUGAUGGACACGUCCCCCAGACACAUCGAAGUGGAGUGGACCCCGUCGCACCAGGACGAGGACGAGGUCGAGCUAGUCAACCCGAUUUUUGCGAUGGGCGACAGUUUUGCAGACGCACUUGCUACGGUUGCGGCAGAAGCUUCUUGGGAGAGAGUGUCCACGCCAAUACCACGUACAGACGAAUGGGAUGCGAUCUGUGCUCAUGUACGAUUACGAGCGAGGCAGGCCUUGGAGGACACGGCGAACAUUGACCCUUGGUGCGCUGAGAGGCCCACCACAGCCAAGGCCAAGGCCAAGAGGGACCGAGUAAAGGAAGUCGUCGACAAGAUGAAGCAGCACGAUAUGGUCAGGCUCAAGAAUAAGUGGUUUUGCACAGCCUGCAGGCAGUACAUCGCAGCGGACGCCCUGCAGGAGUUUGCCAGCACGGCAUGCAACGCUACAUACAGCACGGCCAACGAGAUAGUCGAGGUAAAGGGCGACAGGUUCAUGGGCAAUGGCAAGAUACAUGGCAGCCACGUGGUCAACGAAUGGGUGCGGUACGGACUGCUAUUCUGCGCGCGGUGCGCAGCACAUGGAACGACCAUCGGGAAAAGGCUACGCGAGCAGUGCAGCGAGACGAUCACCAAGUACGGGCAGGAUGCGCUCAACAAGAUUCGGGACGGACGCUACCCUGGCUACAG